AUGGGUUUCUCUCGGGCACGCCGGACAGGGCGUGUGGGAGGGCACGGGAUGGUGGCGCUGCUGCUGGCUGUUCUCCUCCUGCCAGGGACCUUGGCUAAGAGCAUCGGGACCCUCUCCGACCCCUGCAAGGACCCUACUCGUAUCACCUCUCCCAAUAACCCCUGUUUCACUGGAACAGGUGGUUCCAACAGCCACAGUAGUUCCAGCAGUUACAUUUCUAGUUCCAGUGGCUCCAAUGGUGGCUCCAGUGGUGGCUCCAGUGGUGGUUCCAGUGGUGGUUCCAGUGGUGGCUCCAAUGGUGGCUCCAGUGGCGGCUCCAGCAGUUACAUUCCCAAUUCCAGUGGCUUCGGUGGUCAAUACAGUAGUGGCUCCAGUGGUUCCAGUGUCUCCAGCAGCGGAUCCAGUGGAUACAGUGUCUCCCAGGGUAGUUCUUCAGGAUCUUUAGUAUUUAAGCCAGGAAUGAUGCAUCACCAGAACAGCUAUUCCUCUGGAUCCAGCUCCGCUCUACAAAACCCAUCCAACUUCCCCCACAAUGGUUCUUCUCGAGUGGUAAUAAGCUCCUCCCAAAAAGGAGCAGGCUCGAGCUCUUCUAUUUCCCAAACAGCUUGGGUUUCCAGCAGCGGUGGCCAAAAGGUCCUCUCCAACCAGCGCCCCUGUGGUCCAGAUGUCCCUGAUUCUCCCUGCAGUGGGGGCCCCAUCAUCUCACACUCUGGCUCCUCCUACAUCUCCGGCUCCCACACUGUGUCAGGGGGCCAGAGGCCUGUGGUUGUGGUGGUGGAGCAGCAUGGCUCUGGUGGUCCUGGAGUGAUUCAAGGUGGUCCUUGUAGCAAUGGAGGCCUUCAAGGCAAGCCCUGCCCCCCUAUCACUUCUGUGGUAGACAAAUCCUACGGAGGCUAUGAGGUAGUCGGUGGCUCCUCCAAUAGCUAUCUGGCUCCUGGCAUGACCUACAGUAAGGGUAAGAUCUACCCUGUGGGCUACUUCACCAAAGAGAAUCCCGUGAAAGGCUCUCCAGGCGUCCCUUCCUUUGCAGCUGGGCCCCCCAUCUCUGAAGGCAAAUACUUCUCCAGCAAUCCAAUAAUCCCCAGUCACAGCUCUUCUGGUUCCAGCAUCUACCAGUCUGGAUCUUCUUUGCUCAAUGUGUUCCAGCCCGUGGGCUCUGGUGGGGUUCAACCCUGUGGGACUGGCUUUGCAGGUUCCAAGGGGCCCUGCUCCUCCUCUACUUCUGUAGUCAUCCACAGUGGUUCUAGCAGCUCCGGCAGCUCCAGUUCGUCCUUCCAUCCCUGCGGUGGGGUUUCCCAGGGCCCUUGCUCCUCAUCAGGCUCUGGCUCCCUCAGCGGCAGCUCCAUCUCCCAAACCGGCAGCAAAGUCAUCCUUCAGCCCUGUGGAAGCAAGUCCAGCUCCUCUGGCCAGCCUUGCAUUUCUAUCUCUUCCUCCUCAUUGAGUGGGGGUCCUAAUGGCUCUCCCCAGCCUGACCCCUCUGCUGGUGCUAAGCCCUGUGGCCCCAACAACUCUGGCAAGAUCCCCUGCCGCUCCAUCCGGGACAUUCUGGCUCGUGUGCAACCUCUGGGGCCCCAGCUAGUUGACCCCAAGGUUUUCCUCCCUCAGGGUGAGGAGCCUGAGAGCUCAUAA